UCGUGAGGGGAUAUAAAAGUGAAGCGAAGAGAGGUGCUCAGAUUUUCUUCAACGCUUCAGUAUCGUCGUAACCAUUCGAAGUCACGGUCGCAGGAGUUAUUUUUUUUUUUGACAGAAGCGUUUCACGUAAAGAGACGCACGCACGCCCACGACAGAAACAAACGCGGCGACCGAUAGUCGUCUGCUACGAAACUCAGAGUGAUAUAUAAAAACAAUACAUCGAGACCGCGCAUACACAUAAACCUCUCGUAUCGCAUUACGAGUCACCUGCUAAAUCGCUUUCGAACAAAAAAAAAUAUUGUAAUUGAUUAGAAAAAGUACAGAAUAUAAGAUGCCGAAUAUAAUAAACGACGUUAAAUUGGAUUUCAAGGAUGUUUUAUUGAGGCCAAAGAGGAGCACCUUGAAGAGCAGAUCUGACGUUGACUUGUUUCGAGAAAUAACGUUUCGGAAUUCGAAACGCACGUACAAGGGUAUACCAGUUAUGGCUUCGAAUAUGGAUACCGUUGGAACUUUUGAAAUGGCAAGAGUUUUAUCAAAGCACGGUCUCUUCACAACAGUACAUAAAUAUUACUCGCCGGAAGAAUGGAAAGAAUUUGCAACGAAGAAUUCAGACUGUUUAGAAAACAUGGCUGUCAGCUCGGGCACGAGUCAGGGAGAUUUUGAUCGAUUGUCGAGCGUUAUAGCCGCCGUUCCUGAGUUAUCGUUCAUUUGUCUUGAUGUUGCCAAUGGAUAUUCUCAACAUUUCGUUGAAUUUGUGAGAAAAGUUCGUGCCGAAUAUCCUGGACAUACGAUUAUCGCAGGAAACGUAGUGACUGGAGAAAUGGUAGAAGAAUUGAUUUUGUCGGGCGCGGAUGUGAUAAAAGUAGGGAUUGGACCAGGUUCCGUAUGCACAACGAGAAUGAAGACGGGAGUGGGUUAUCCGCAGCUGAGCGCAGUGAUAGAGUGUGCGGACGCAGCCCACGGCUUGAAGGGUCACAUAAUUUCUGACGGAGGCUGCACUUGUCCCGGUGACUUGGCCAAGGCUUUUGGUGCUGGCGCCGAUUUCGUAAUGGCCGGUGGUAUGUUCGCCGGUCACGAUGAAUGCGGUGGCGACGUCAUAGAAAAAAAUGGUAGAAAAUUGAAAUUGUUCUACGGUAUGGCUUCCAGUACAGCAAUGAAAAAACACGCUGGCGGCGUCGCUGAAUACAGAUCAUCGGAAGGGAAGACCGUCGAAGUACCUUACAGAGGAGCUGUUGAGGCAACGGCGUUGGAUAUUUUGGGUGGUUUGCGUUCAGCUUGUACUUACGUGGGUGCCUCGCGAUUGCGAGAAUUGCCGAGACGAGCGACCUUUAUAAGAUGCACCCAACAAUUGAAUACGAUGUACGGUCCAUCAUCGGACGUUUAAAGACUCCUUCCAGGAUAUUUACAAUUCGCUUUGAAAUUUUCAAAAAAUUUCAGCAUAGAUAAAAUUCAAUUAGAAAAAUUAUGAUUUUUUAAUAGACGUUUUCGCGGGACGCUUUUAUUCUCUCCUCUGGUCCGUCGUGCCGGAUUUUUUGAGAGGAAUUUCGAACGAGCCAACGAAGUCAAAGGCCGUAAAAAAAAUAACAUAAUAUUACAAAUUCCUAUGGGGCUUAUCUAUUUAUUAAAAUUGAGAAUAGAAAAAAAAUUCGCGUUUUCGUAACGUAUUGUCAAUACGUAUUUAACAUUAAUAAUUUAUUUGGGGAAUCUCCAUCCUCGAAAGUGAGGAAUGAACGUUUUUUUCUUUUGUCUUAGAUUGAUGAAAAAACGUAUUUUUUUCCAUUUCUUUUCUGGGACACCCAAAUUUGAGGAAUUUUCUUGUUCUUUGCUCUGCAAUUCUAGAGUCGGCGAUAAAGGUUUUCACUGAAUACUUAUUUAUUAAGGAGCGAACGAAACUCGGAAUAAUCCAUGAAUUGAAAAUGAAAUAAUUAUUUCGACUGUAAGAAACAAAGCAAUGCACAGGCAACCACGCACAGACGCGGUUAUAAUAUUUAGUUUCGAUAUUACAGUGUUUUUUUCUGAACUUUUAAAUUAAAUGAAGCGUCCGCAACGCACGCCGUGAAAUGCUCAAUGAAGUAUUCUAAUUAGAUCGAACGAUUCGAUGAGCAGGACUUUGAAAUAAUCCAUUUUUCUGGUCAAAGCACAAACUACAAUUGGAUUUUCCCUCUUGAAAAGAAUGUCAUAUUUUGAUGUAAUCAAGAAAAAUCCUUUAAAUUCUCCAAAUACCUAGUGUACUUGACGAAGAAUCAACAAUAGGAAAGCUUUCUCCAAACUCCGGUUUUGCAAAAAUGUUUAAUAAAGAAGUUGCCGAAAAAAGGUAGAUGAAAAACCAAUUUAACAUGCAUUCUCGAUAAACCGCAAUGAGUAUUUUGUUAUUGUGUCAUGAAAAAUAAAUAAGGUGAAUUUUACGCCAAAGAA